CUGAGCUCAAUGUCUGAUCCUCCUCCCUCUCCUCCCACAACCCUCAUCCUCCUCCCGCUCCUCCCAUAACCCUCAUCCUCCUCCCAUAACCCUCAUCCCUUCUGUGUGUUUCCCCUGUGCAGCACAUGGUUCAGGUUCCUAGAGCGGUAAAGAUGGUGGUUAUACACUUUUAUUGCUCCUUCCAGGCGUCUGAUGAUUCCCUGCGCCUGUCUGGGGCCCAGAACAUCCGGACCGUGCAGAGGGAGCUGUGCUACAACGUCAACUGGACGGGUGACUCUCCACCCACCUCUGAGCAGGUGGAUGUCCUGCGCUGGCUCUUUAGUUGCCCUUUUGAUCCCCAGAGCAUCUCAGACACGACUUUUCUUCACCCUGAACCAUUGGACCUGCUGGUGGAGGUAGGACCCAGGUUGAAUUUCUCUACAGCGUCUUCUACCAAUGCCGUGUCAAUCUGUCGCUCUAUUGGACUGACCAACGUCAACCGCAUUGAAUGUUCUAAGCGAUAUCUGAUGAAGUUUCAAGGAGAAGUGGAGGAGAGCGAGAAGCAGAGGCUGGUGUCUUCUCUGUACGAUCGGAUGACGGAGUGCGUCUAUCUGGAGCCCGUAAGAAGCUUUGAGAUCUCAGUGCGGCCGGAGUCGGUGUAUGAGGUGGACGUGAUAGGACUGGGGAGACCGGCGCUAGAAGCGGCAAACACCGAGCUGGGUCUUGCCUUCGACUCCUGGGACCUGGACUAUUACACCGCCCUCUUCCAGCGCGUUGGCCGUAACCCAAGCAGCGUGGAGUGCUUUGACUUGGCUCAAUCUAACAGUGAACACUCCCGCCACUGGUUCUUUAAGGGCAGGCUCCUGGUAGACGGGCAGGAGAAGUCGCACUCGCUGUUCGACCUCAUCAUGAAGACCCAGGAGACCAGCAACCAGAACAACGUCAUCAAAUUCUGUGACAACAGUAGUGCUAUCCAAGGAAAGGAAGUGACCAGCCUGAUCCCCACCGAUCCCUCACGCCCGGGCCCCUACAGGCAGACGGGCUCCACCCGUCACCUCAUCUUUACUGCCGAGACCCAUAACUUCCCUACAGGAGUAGCUCCAUUUAGUGGCGCCACCACCGGCACUGGAGGUCGUAUCCGUGAUGUACAGAGCACAGGGAAGGGGGCCCACGUUAUAGCGGGCACUGCGGGUUACUGCUUUGGCAAUCUGCACAUCCCAGGAUAUUCUCUUCCAUGGGAAGACGCCUCCUACCAAUAUCCAGUCCAGUUUGCUCGGCCUCUGGAAAUCGCCAUUGAAGCCAGUAAUGGAGCCUCAGAUUACGGCAAUAAGUUUGGAGAGCCGGUACUGGCAGGAUUCGCUCGAUCCUUCGGCCUUCGUCUGCCCUCGGGGGAGAGAAGAGAGUGGGUGAAGCCGAUCAUGUUCAGCGGAGGCAUUGGCGCCAUGGAAGAUCUUCACCGCACCAAAGACGCACCGGAAGCUGGGAUGCACGUUGUGAAGAUCGGGGGGCCCGUCUAUAGGAUUGGUGUGGGGGGAGGUGCUGCUUCUUCUAUACAAGUCCAGGGGGACAAUGCUAGUGAACUUGACUUUGGAGCUGUACAGCGAGGAGAUGCGGAGAUGGAGCAGAAGAUGAACCGUACCGUCCGCGCCUGUGUGGAGAGAGGGGCCCAGAACCCCAUCUGUAGUAUCCACGACCAGGGGGCUGGUGGGAACGGUAAUGUACUGAAGGAGCUGAGCGAGCCUCAAGGUGCCGUCAUCUAUACAAAGAACUUCCAGUUAGGAGACCCCACUUUGAGUGUCCUGGAGAUCUGGGGGGCUGAGUACCAGGAAUCCAAUGCUCUGCUCGUCCGUCCAGAAGAUGUGGCCUUCCUGCACUCGGUGUGUCGUAGAGAGAGGUCUCCAGUGGACUUUGUGGGCAGGAUCACAGGAGACGGCAGGAUUGUGUUGGUGAAUGGCAGUGAGAGCGAUCCUGCUCCUGAUCACAGUGACCGGAAUAGUGUCCCGGUGGACCUGGAGCUGGAGUGGGUCCUGGGGAAGAUGCCUCGUAAGGAGUUUGCGUUAAAUCGUGUCAAUCCCAAUCUCCGAUCAUUAACUCUCCCAGAAAACCUCAGCAUCCGCCAAGCACUCGAGCGCGUCCUGAGAUUGCCGUCUGUGGCUAGCAAGCGAUAUCUAACAAACAAGGUGGAUCGAUCGGUCACUGGUCUUGUGGCCCAGCAGCAGUGUGUGGGGCCACUUCACACACCCCUGGCUGAUGUUGCGGUUAUCUCGCUGUCCUACACAGACACUGUAGGUGGCGCUACAGCUAUUGGGGAGCAGCCAAUCAAAGGCCUCCUGGAUCCGGCGGCAGGGGCCCGCAUGGCGGUGGGCGAGGCUCUCACCAACCUGGUGUUUGCCCUAGUCACUGAUUUGAAGGAUGUAAAGUGCAGUGGUAACUGGAUGUGGGCGGCCAAGCUUCCCGGUGAAGGUGCCGCACUGUACGACGCCUGUGUGGCCAUGUGUGACGUCAUGGCGCAGAUCGGUAUUGCGGUGGAUGGAGGGAAGGACUCGCUCAGCAUGGCCGCUAGAGUCGGAGAGGAGACUGUGAAGGCCCCAGGAUCUCUGGUGGUCUCUGUGUACGCAGUGUGCCCUGAUAUCACUGCGACGGUCACCCCGGACCUAAAGAACCCGGGGCAGAAGGGCGUCCUCCUCUAUGUGCCCCUCAGCCCCGGGAGGCAUCGUCUCGGGGGCAGCGCCCUGGCUCAGUGCUAUUCCCAGCUCGGAGAGCAGUCCCCCGACCUCGAGGACCCCAACACCUUGGUCGCCUGCUUCAGGGUCACUCAGCAGCUUAUAAGAGAGCGUGUGGUGAGCGCCGGUCACGACGUGAGCGAUGGCGGCCUCAUCACGUGUCUACUGGAGAUGGCCUUUGCUGGGAACUGCGGUCUGGAUGUGGCGUUCUCCUCUCCGGAUGUCAGCGCUCUGGAUCUGCUCUUCUCGGAGGAGUUGGGCCUCGUCCUGGAAGUCCCUGAAGCCUCAUCUGAUGGGGUUAUAGACCAGUAUAGAGCAUCAGGGCUCCGGUGUGACCGUAUAGGACGUACCCAGGGAAGGGGCCCAGGCUCUAUGGUUAGGGUUUGUGUCAAUGAGGAGGAGGUGCUGUGUGAUGAGGUUUCGGCGCUGCGUGCUCUGUGGGAGGAGACGAGUUUCCAGCUGGAGCGAUUGCAGGCCAGCCCCAGCUGUGUGUCCCAGGAGGAGGCGGGGCUCCGUAAGAGGGAGGGGCCAAACUACAGACUGACCUUCAACCCCUCAGAAAAGCCUCCUGUGCCAUCUCUGAGAGGCUCCGCCCAGUUUCGUGUAGCUGUUGUACGUGAAGAGGGCAGUAAUGGUGACCGGGAGAUGGCGGCCGCGCUGAUGAUGGUCGGGUUUGAGGUCUGGGAUGUCACCAUGGAAGAUCUCCUGUCCGGAGGAACCACCCUGGACCUCUUCAGGGGGCUGAUAUUUGUUGGGGGCUUCAGCUACGCAGAUGUUCUGGGCUCCGCGAAAGGUUGGGCGGCGUCUGUGAAGUUUAAUACUGGUGUCCGGGACCAGUUUGAGUCAUUUCGCUGUCGGUCAGAUACGUUCAGUCUUGGGAUCUGUAAUGGCUGCCAGCUGAUGGCACUACUAGGCUGGGUAGGAGCUGAUGGUCCGGCAGUUCCAGGAGAUCUCCCCUCACAAGGAGUCUUACUGAGCCACAACCUCUCCGGCCGGUUCGAGUCUCGGUUCGUGACUGUGAAGAUAGAAGAGAGUCCGUGUGUCCUGCUGCAGGGGAUGGCCGGGUCAUCACUCGGGGUGUGGGUGGCACAUGGAGAAGGUCUUAUGAGAUUCCGGUCAGAGAAGCUUCGCGAUCAUGUGACCUCUCGUCAUCUGGCUCCUCUUCGCUACGUAGACGACCAUAACCUCCCCACCGAGGAGUACCCCAUGAACCCGAACGGUUCUCCUCUUGGGAUUGCCGGGCUGUGCUCGGAGGACGGACGCCAUCUGGCCAUGAUGCCGCACCCGGAGCGCUGCGUCCUGAAGUGGCAGUGGCCCUGGAUGCCGGAGGACUGGAGGACCCUGGAGGCGUCACCCUGGAUCAGGCUCUUUGAGAACGGUUACCGCUGGUGUCUGACCUCUGGUGCUGCCCGACCAUGAUAAUGAUAUAGUAGAUUAUCGAUCGAUCGGGCUGGAUGUAAUUAGGAUGACAUUAGGAUAGUGCUGGCUUCAUAUUCACUGUACAACACUAUAGCACAGUACUGUACAGUAUAAGCAAUACAAUGAUUGCUUAGAAUAGUCCCCUAUGGGGACUUAAAAAGUGUAAAAUAACGAAUAAAAAAAAAAUGUUUAAAAAUAUAUAUAAAAAAUUACUUCCUUAAUAAAAAUGAAAAUCCUUUGUCUUAUUUUUUAAAAUAAAGAAAUGUAAACAAUCCUGGUAUCACGUGA